AUGUUCUCACCGAUUGGACCAUCGACUAUGGGCAUCACUGUGGCAUCCAAUGUGAAGAAUCCUAUGAAAAUCUACGUUGAUGAGGAUAGUGGACCGACUGUUUACGUUUCACUUCGGUUUUUGAAUCGCACCGAAAAAUGGGUCAAUGGAGCAUCGAAGGGUGUACAAGUGGGUGGUGAAUGUAACUUGUGUUCAGGUGUAUCAGUUGACAACGAGAAAAAUGUCUACAUGACAGAGGCAGAUACACACAUUGUGGUUCAAUGGUCACCUAGAACCAAUAUGACCACAGUUGUUGCUGGACAAACAAACACAAGUGGCUCGACAAGUGCACUUUUGAAUCAUCCUCAAGGCAUAUAUGUCACUAGAAAUGGUGACACAGUGUACGUAGCUGACAUGUGGAAUAGUAGGAUCCAAAAGUGGCCGAAAACGGCUCACGAAGGAGUAACUGUGGCUGGAUCAAGUAAUGGUACAGAAGGUCAUGAUAAUGCAACAUUGUAUUAUCCAAAUGAUGUGAUCGUCGAUGAAGAAACCAAUGUUGUGUACGUAAUAGAUACAAGCAAUCAUCGCGUUCAAAGAUGGCUACCCGAUGCAACCGAAGGUGAUACUAUUGCCGGCGGAAAAGGUAUGCAUUUUAGAAAAACCGUGUGCGAUUUCAUAGCUGAUGAAUAUGGUUCGAAUUGA